UGUAAGAAAUCGGCAGAAAUCAUUGAUAUUAUCUGGGACCGGAGCGAAGAAAUUGCGGAUUCAAAAGUUCGUUUAACGCUGAGUGAACUGCUAACCAAGACGAAGAUUAAGACAAAUAUUGUCAGUGAAAUUGGAGAUUUAGGAAGCAAAAGUUCUCCUGAUGCAAUAUCAGCAGUGCAACCUCAAAAUGAAAAGAAUCGCAACAAGCACGCUAUAAGAGAAGACAGCCAGUCGGAUGAUCUGUUCAAAAAAAUAAAUGAAGAUGACGAGGAAUUUCUUGAAAAUGUUGGACUUCUAUUCAAUGAGUCAAAUGAGGAGUCAAUUAUUGAGAAAGUUGAUGAGAAUUCGCUAUUGGACGAAGUUCGAUUGCCAUCAGUAAACAUUAAUAAGAAAACAUCAGAGGAGCUCCUUGAUACAAAUACAAUCGGGGCAUUUAGCAAAUAUCAAAAAAAGAUACCAAAAACUCGCAAGGCUUUGACGAGAGUCUCAAAAACUCAGGAUAUGGAUAUACAAAAAUUAUCUCAGGAUUUUUCAAACAAAAUCGGAUGGAAUGAUGUUACAGCCCCAAAAGAAAUUCAAGAAUAUUUCGACAGAAAUUGUGUUGUGGUAGAUAAAUUUCCUAAGCUACGAAAGGCGUGCACCGAAGAAGAGCUAAAAAUAUCAUUAUUAUUAUUUUUUGACAAUUAUAUCAAAAUACAGGGUGAAAUUCAAGCAAUCUCGACAAAUAAAGCACGGAAUGAAGAACAAAAUCCCUUCAUGAAGGCUAGAAUUGGACACAAGGUUGACAUGAAAGGAACCUUGGUCAGAACGCCGAAUAAAUUUGAAAUAAUAUAUGGCGAAAUUUCCGGUUGUUUGACUUCUUUCGGCUUGCCCGCUUCCUGUAGGAGAAAACAAUAUGUGGACAAAGUAAAACUUAUGGUGAUGUUGAGGGAUAGUCUGAAUCAAUUCUUUAAAAACUAUUUGCACGUGACAGACGAACAACGUAAAAAGUUAAUAGUCUACGGUUGGUUGCAAGUUGGAGUUGAGCUAAGCUUUUACGCUAUGGAUUGGAUUGGAUGCGGAAUAUACAGAUUUGGUAAAUUAGAUAAGUGCGAAUUACCGGUCGAUGAAG